UCCAAAAUAACUAGCUUGCAAAGAAGGAGAUUCAAGAAGAAGAAGAUGGUUGAAAUGCUGCAAGAUAUGGGCGCCAGCCUUGUGUGCUUACUGCUGGCAAUGGUGCUGCUGCCGUUUGCCAAGGGCUACAUUCUCAUCCAAAUUGGAGUAGCAGCGCUGGGAUCGAUGCUUAUUGCCUACGUGUUGCUCAGCUUAUCAGCUCUGGAAGGAGUUCUCAAUUGCCGUGGCGAAGAAGAGAUUGAGCUCGAUUUGGAGCACAGCUUUUUCAUCGGAGAGGAGGAGCACAGGAUAACUGGUGUUCUUCCCGCUCGCCACGGGACAGAAAGGCCAUUCUUGGAAAUGCUUGAUUGUUCCAUCCAGCCCUCCAUCGCCGCGGGAUCAAGAAGAAUCAUUGGUGACGAGCGCUGCGCUAUAUGCCUAGGUGAAUUGCAAGAGGAGAGUGAUCCUGCUCAUCGAAUGGUGGGCGAGCGGAUGUUUCUCAAAUGCUCGCACAGCUUCCACUCGCCGUGCAUCCAAAAGUGGCUCUCGCUGAGCACCUCUUGUCCAAUUUGCAGAGCAAGAGUGUAGAGUGUUGAAGAAAUGAAGGGAGAGGAAGGAAGAAGAAAGAACUUCUUGCUGAUUUGCUAUGGAACUACUUAGUAUGGAUAGAGAGGAAUGCAUUAGAUUGGUGAUGACAUGCUCACACUUGAGCCAAGCCCAGAGGAUCGAGCAAGAGAUCCAGCUCAAGCAUUGCGAUGUCUUCCUUUGCAAC